AUGAUAUUUUGUAAUAAGUUGGAGCAUUCAACCAACAAAAUAAAUUGUAUAUUAUUUGUAUUAUACGCUAAGGCAAUGGCUGCAACACCAGCCGACGUGAACGAAUACCCAAAUUCCUACGUUUUCGUUGUGGACAUGCCAGGGUUGAAAUCUGGAGAUAUUAAGGUGCAAGUGGAAGACGACAAUGUGCUGCUGAUAAGUGGAGAAAGGAAGAGGGAAGAAGAGAAAGAAGGGGCUAAGUAUAUUAGAAUGGAGAGAAGGAUUGGAAAAUUCAUGAGGAAAUUUUCUCUACCGGAGAAUGCGAAUAUCGAUGCCAUUUCUGCAGUUUGUCAAGAUGGAGUUUUGAAGGUGACUGUCGAGAAGCUGCCUCCACCUGAGCCUAAGAAACCCAAAACUAUCGAGGUUAAAAUUGCAUAA